AUGGCUCCGCCAGAUGAGAAGACCAUUGAAAACUUGUUGAAGAAGCUCGCAAUGGGCGAGGAGCUCACCGAGAAGCAGAGGAAGGACAUGAAGGACUACAAGUUCUGGAAAACCCAGCCUGUUUCCAAGUUCGAUGAAAAGAUCGAUAAAGAGGGACCCAUCGACUCGCUUAAGACCCCGGCCGAUAUUCCAGACGAGCCAAGCGCCAUGCUGAAGGAUUUCGAGUGGGUGACGAUCGAUCUUGAAAAGGAGGACGAAAUGAACCAGGUCCACCAGCUUCUACACGAUCACUAUGUCGAGGAUCAGGACGCAUCGUUCCGUUUCGCUUACACUGCGAAUUUCUUCAAGUGGGCCCUGCAGCCUCCGGGAUGGAAAAAAGAGUACUACGUGGGAGUUCGUGUCAAGGCCACCGGUAAGCUCGUGGCGUUUAUCAGCGGUAUUCCAUCGUUGUUGCGCGUGAGAGAAAACAAGGUCCCUAGCGUCGAGAUCAACUUUUUGUGCAUCCACAAAAAACUGCGUUCCAAGAGACUUGCGCCCGUGUUGAUCAGAGAAAUUACCCGCCGAGUCAACAAGAACGAUGUCUGGCAAGCACUGUUCACUUCUGGCGCCGUUUUGCCAACUCCCGUUUCCACUUGUAGAUACACCCACCGUCCAUUGAACUGGGAAAAGCUUUACGAGGUUGGUUUCUCGUCGUUGCCUGCAGGAGUGUCCAAGUCGCAGAUGCUUGCCAAAUACGUUUUGCCAUCCGCAACCAAGACUCCAGGACUGAGAAAAAUGGUUCCAGAAGAUGCAGACCAGGUGCUGGAUCUGUACGAAAAGUUCCAAAAAAGAUACGAUCUGGUGCUGGAGUUCACAAAGGAAGAGAUUAUCCACUGGUUGUACUGGUCUGAUGAGCAAAACUCUUUGGAGGACCAAGAUAAAGUGAUUGUGACCUACGUUGUUGAAGAGGAUGGUAAGAUCACCGACUUCUUCUCGUUCUACAUUCUCCCAUUCACAACACUCACUAACUCCGAGACAGACCAAUUGAAUGUUGCAUAUUUGUUCUACUACGCGUCAAAAGUUGGUCUGGGCGACUCGGACGACACGAAGCUGGCCAAGCGGCUGAACUCGCUGAUCGGCGACGCUCUUAUCGUGGCCAAGAAUAUGAAGAUGGACGUUUUCAAUGCGCUCACUUCGCAGGACAACGUGCUGUUCCUCAAGGACCUCAAGUUCGGCAACGGAGACGCAUUCCUCAACUUUUAUCUGUUUAACUACAAGGCGUUCCCGAUUAAUGGUGGCAUGGACAACGAGACCAAAGAGCUCGACCUGGUCAACAAGAGCGGCGUCGGUGUCGUCAUGCUUUAG